AUGAAAGACUCCGAAGAUCCUGCUCGUAUCAUCUUCAGUUCAACAAGUCGGCCGGCAUCGCUGGUUUAUCAACCAAUUCUGACGCCAACACCACCAUCGACGCAACAUGGCAUGACGGGCAGCCGAUCACCGGGCCUUAUCCGCAAAGCCAUGGGUCUUCUGGAACGAGCAACACCGUCCAUUCGAUUUUGCCUGCCAGAGAAAGCCGUCAUUCAGCCGUUCGAGGUUGUCACGCUUCGCAGAUUUUUGGUCAGAGACCUAGGUAUCAGGGUUAUACCCUCAGCCUUCGAGGCUUAUCUUCAGGCUGCGGAUCCUUUUGGGUUUGAGGACAUCCCGAGAACAAUGUUUGACGAGUGCCAACCAGGCGUGACACAAGAGCUCGAGAACAGGUGGAAACAAAUAGAAUACACAUACUCGGAGGCUGUACGCUGUCAGAACUACCAUAAGGAUGAGAACGCACGGACCGAGGUUGUUCGUUUAGUCUUCCAACAAUGUACCGCCGUUCCAUUUGCCAAGAAGGUUGACACAGCCCUUGCGUUUAAACCAUAUCAUGAGCGAGUUAGAAAAAGCUUGAAAGAUGUUCAGGACAAGCGACCGGGUAUGAGCUUAAGCCAGAUGUCAGAUGCAUACACCAGCGGGGUUGUGCUUCCUUGCGGGAUCGAAAUUAGAGGAUCAAGUGGGAGCUACGACGAGGCGAUCGUGCAGCUUGGGAUCUGGUAUUCCGCUGGGCUACAAAAGAGACAAGAAAUGAGCGUAACGAAUGCAUCCCCAUCUCAGAAACCUUUACUGGGUUGGACGGUCAUCGGACACGAAUGGAGGCCCCACAUUUCAUGGAGAGACGACAUAACUGGCGAUGUGGUCGGUUAUCCCUAA